CGCGUUAAAUCCAGAGGCACUACGAAUGGAGAACGGUAUGUGUGGGACUAAUACAGCGAUAAAAUAUCAGCUGAAGCUAAUAUCAACACGUCUAAUCGGGUCUAUGUGUUUUCACUGGAAGCAGCUGCACCAAUGAGAGAGACACGCUCAUUUCUGUUGUCAUUCCUAUUCAUUUCUGUCGCAAAAUUUUAAAGAGCGGCAUAAAUAUAUUGUUGCACUGGAAUUAUUGGACAACUUUCUUUGCUUUUCUUGCGGAAGAUGGUCGUGGAAACGUGUCAGAGGGUUUGUGAGUUGUGUCCCGGGGAGAAGAUCGGCUCCUUUGUGGCUGUUGACUAUGUCUUGUUCGCACUAGUUUUAGUUGUUUCGGCCCUUAUUGGGGUUUUCUACAUGAUCAAAGAGUACAGGGCGGCAAAACAAAUGACGUCAGACGAUGUACUCAUGGGAGGCAGGGACAUCGGCAUCUUUCCCAUUGCAAUGUCCCUGAUGGCCAGCUUCAUGGGUGCCAUUACAGUGCUGGGCACCCCCACAGAAAUGUACAAUAACAACACCAGCUACUGGCUCGCUGGAAUGGCUAUGCUGAUCACAGUGCCAUUGACAAAUCAUAUUUUUCUUCCAUUCUUUCACGAUUUGUCUUUAACGUCUGCUUAUGAGUAUUUACAAAACAGAUUUAGUAAGUCAGUACGAAUAUUUGCAUCUGUGAUAUUCACCUUAAACAUGCUGUUAUAUAUGGGCGUGGUUUUAUAUGCCCCCUCUCUGGCUCUAAACCAAGUGACCGGACUAAACUUGGAACUAUGUAUCACUUUAAUUGGUCUCGUUUGUACAUUUUAUACAGCACUGGGGGGUCUCCGAGCGGUGGUAUGGACGGACACGUUCCAGACUUUUGUCGUGAUAGCCGGUCUGAUAGCCAUCAUUGCACAGGGGUCGGUAGACUUGGGCGGAUUCGGGAACAUUUGGGACAUCGCAAAUAAAGGAGGCCGCAUCUUCUUUUUAGACUGGAGCGGAGAUCCUACAACGAGGCAUUCUGUUUGGUCCCUUGUGAUUGGUUCAGUUUUUGGUCAGCUGACAAUUUACGCAGCCAAUCAGACUAUGAUUCAGAGAUACCUUGCAAUCAAAGAAAUUAAAAAUUCCCAAAGGGCGUUGUACCUGAGCUUGCCCCUGACCGUUGUUUUGUCCACUGUGGUCUGUCUGGUGGGUCUCGUAAUCUACGCCACUUAUCACGAAUGUGACCCAUUCCUGUUGGGACAGGUACACGCCAGAGACCAAUUACUGCCCUUUAUGGUGAUGGACAGGCUGACAUUUUUACCGGGGUUGCCGGGAUUGUUUGUGGCUUGUCUGUUCAGCGCAUCUCUAAGUUCCAUUUCCUCUGGGCUAAACGCCCUCGCCAUCGUCAUUUUGGAGGACAUAUUGAAAUUAUACUGGGAAAGGGCUGGCUCUACCCCGUCAGCAACAUGGCAAACCAGAAUAGCUAAGAUGUUAGGAUUUGUUGCUGGAGGUUUGGUCAUAGGCAUCGCCUUCAUAGCACAGUACCUUGGGCAAACUGUUUUACAGAUUAUGUUGAGUAUAUUUGGAAUGGUGGGCGGACCUUUGCUUGGUCUAUUCAUAUCAGGAAUAUUUUUUCCAUUUAUCAAUGCUCCAGGGGCGCUGUGUGGACUGAUAUUCAGUGCGGUCCUGACGUUUUGGGUCGGGAUCGGCGGAACAGUUCUCCUUCCGGUCCCUACAGUUACAGGUGUUAGCACCGCUAAGUGUGACAUGUUCCCAAAGAACUGUAAUGGCACUUUGGUUAAUGCCACAGACUUGAACUACACAUCCACGGCCAUGAUGAACUCGAUAUCUACCACAGCUUUAACAACAACAAUGGACACUCCAGCCUCACCGGAAGACUUUCUAUGGAUAUACAGAGUGUCCUAUUUGUACUACGCUUUGUUUGCGGUGAUUAUCUCCCUUGUUACAGGAAUCGUUGUAACCUUUAUUUCAAACUACUUCACAGACAUGAACACGCCUGACGAUUUGGACAAGAAGUUUGUUCACAGUUGGGUGGACCGUGUCUUCUGCUAUUUACCACUUGGGUGCCAAAAGGUCAACAGACUCCAAAGAUACAACGAAGAUAUUUCUACAAUUUCUGGUGGUUUCCAUGACAACCCAUUAGCCGCUGAUGUCGAACUCAAUGAGCGCAAAAUCUACAAAAAUGGGACUCCAUACACAUCGUCAGACAUCGAGAAAGGAACGAAAUUAUGACACCGGUGACAUUUUUAAAAAUUUACAUAUAUUCUUCUACCUCCAAAAAAAUGUGUCCAAACAUCUGAAGGAUCUGGAUGCAUGCACGCAAGAGAGGGGCCAAGUGAACCAUUUUUAAUCGGAACGUAGUAAUUUUGUUUUUGUUUUUAAUUAUCAUGUAAAUUUAAAAAUUACUACCCAACACUUUUGUAAAAACUUUAAUUUGCUCUCCAUGUCACAAACCAAACAUUCAAUCAUAGAUGUGUAAUAUAUAUGUACAUUUUUAAAUCAUUAAUUUAAAAUGUCAAAUUCAUUAAUUUAAAAUGUCGAAUUGUAUGACUUUUUUAUGGUUUAGAUUCAACUUUUAUUUAUUAUGUUAGCAAUUUUUUUUCUUUUUAAU